CGUGCGUGCGCGCGCGCGCGUGCGCGUGCCGGGCGGUGGGCUGGAGAGCGCAGGCGGCUCGACACAUGGCGGUCACCCGGGAUCGGCGUCCGUGGUGGCAGGAGUAGCGGCGGCGCUCAGGCAAACUAUCAGAGUAUGAAGGAGCACAGCAAUAGCAAAUGCUGUAAAAGAUACUUCAAAGCAAAUCUUAGACAACAACUGAGGUCCCAUCACAGCAAAUGGAACCGAUUAGAAGGCUCGUUGUGCUUGCAAAGACAGCUUUAUUAUCAGCAGAAGCAACGCUUAUGGUUGUCAAUCAGGAAAAGAAGGGCCAAGUCUGUGCUCAGGAAGGACCUUCCAGAUUGUCAGCAGUGUGGGUCUCCAGAACACGUUGAAUGCACAAGCGUGACAUUAAAAGAAAAGUCGUUGCUGGGAGUCAAUGACGUGUCAGCCGAGAAGGCACGUAAACCAGAAUCUUUGGCAUCCCAUGAGGAAGUGGAGGGUAAUGGGAGUGAAGGUUGGAACAGCAGUACUGUAGCUCCAGACACUGACUUUAAAUCAACCGUUUUAUAUGGUAAACCUGAAUCAAAAAACAAAACUGAUCCACUUACUUUCCCCAAGUCCUCACAAAGGAAAAAUAGUGGGCUUCUGGACAAUAUUACAAACCAAAAGCUAUCAAAUGGAUAUAAAAAAAUAGACUUACAAGUGGGAAGAGAUUUUGUUUCCGUUAAUGUACCUCGUAAGACAAAACGGCAGCUGAAAGGGCACAAAAUCUCCCUGCUCUGUAGGAAACCUUCCUCUCUCUUUAGUUUUCAUUGUAGAAUAUUUAAUUGUAAAAACAGGCGGAGAAGAGCUGCCACUUUGAGAAAAGAGAAGCUAAGACAGACACAGUGUUCAGGUAGUGUCUAUGUAAAUCGUAAAAGGACUGGCCAACAUUUGGAUAAAAUGGCAUGUGAUAUUUCUUCAAAAUCAACUGCCAAAGGCAAGGAAUCCAACCAGAACAUGAACUUUUCUUCAGUUCAGAGUAGUGGUCCGUCGGAAAAUGUAAAGCAAGUUAAGAAUUCGUGCCUGACUAAUUGCUGUGAAGUUUCAAAAAUGGCCCUUGAUGAAGGGAUGGAUGUUUUGCAAACUCAAAUGCCUCAUUUUGCUCAUUCAGUUAAUCAAAUGACCAAUGAAAACUCAGAAGUAGCGUGUUCUCGGUCAGGCCCUCGUGCUUGUGUCAAUCAACUCAUGGUCCCCGAUAGGUGGCCAAAGCUUGAUGGAUCACACCACUCAUUUGCUGCCUCACAGGGAAGAUCUUUAACUCCAGCCCCAGUCUGUGACGGGGAGAUGCAGGCCAUCAAUGCUGUAACGGACUCUGCUCCACUCUCAUGCAAUCACACCAGCGUUCCUGUGACUGAAACUGGCAAGUCUGUAUGUUGUCAAAGUGAUGAGCCAUGUCCAGUGCUUCAGCCGCAGCUGCUGGACCAUAUUUACUAUAGAUCUUCAGAGGAACAUUCUGGCCAUGCAUUAGUGAGGACUGAGCAGCCAGCACGUGGUCAAACUGAGAAAGGGAAGGAGAAUGAAUCUCGGGCCUGUUCUGUUGCCAGUGAACAAUUAAUAUCCUGUAUUCAUGCUUUCCUGGAUGAAUUUUUGAGAAAAUAUGGUAGCCUUAUUCCACUUACCGAGAGAGAUGUUCUGAUGAAGCUAGAACAGAUCUUUCAUCAGGAUUUCCGUGAUAGGAAGGUCUUCAUCAAGAUGGAAAUCCGAAAGUACCAGAAAGCACAAGUGAAUAAACCUGUCUCCAGUUUUCAAGUGGUUUACAACAAGCACGUUUUGACCUUGGACGACCUUGCCACACUUUAUGGAGAAAACUGGCUGAACGAUCAGGUAAUAAACAUGUAUGGAGAAUUGAUCAUGGAUGCUGUGCCAGAUAAGGUUCACUUCUUCAAUAGUUUCUUUUACAAACAGCUUCAAACUAAGGGAUAUAAUGGAGUUAAGAGGUGGACAAAAAAGGUGGAUUUAUUCAGUAAAUCCCUAUUACUAAUCCCUAUACAUUUGGAAAUUCAUUGGUCACUAUUAACAGUUGACCUUCCAAAUAGGAAAAUUUGUCUCUAUGAUUCUCAAGGCAUCCAUUUUAAUUCCUGUGUUCAGAACAUUCUAAAAUAUUUAAAAACAGAAGCUGGUGAGCGAAAUUGCCCCACAUUCCUGGAAGGGUGGAAAGCUUUUGCCACAACAUGCAUUCCUCAGCAGAAAAAUGAUAGCGACUGUGGUGUAUUUGUGCUUCAGUACUGCAAGUGCCUGGCUCUAGGACGACCCUUUCAGUUUUCUCAAAAAGAUAUGCCUGAAGUAAGAAAAUUGAUCUACAGGGAACUGUGUGAGUGCAAGCUUAUGGAGUGAGCAAGCAAACUGUAUGAAUCUG